AUAUCCCCUUCGUCUUCCGAUAGUAUUAUUAGUUAUGCACACAUUCUUGCAGACGCACUGUAAGGUGCCAUAUGUGAUGCAGGUACACAAAAAUGAGAAACAAAGUUCGAGCGAGAAACGUUGUCCGGGAUACUUCGCUUCAUAUUCCCUCCCACCGCCGGCGACGCUGAGCUCCACGAAGAAGGAAAAAGGGUCCACAAAGAAUCCAGUGUACCACACAAUAAAAAGAGGUCGAAAUAGCGGGUGGCCUGUACGAGCCGGGAAAAGACGAAGGCGAAGCGAAAGUAAGAGUAAAAAAAAAGGAGAGGAAAAGAUGUAGCGAACGUCAAGUAAAUCGGUCUGUUGGGUAGUGAUGAUAAUGGUUGUGUUGGAUGAGUGCGAUGAGAUAAGAUGAAUCGAGCCGGAUUGAGGAGCUUUCAGAGUGGGGCAAGAGCGAGGGAUCGUAAUUUAUGUGGUUACGGGACGGUACGUCAAAAGAUGCAGAGCGAGUUCUAAAUGAUUGGGACUAGAGGAUCAUCAACAGCAUAUGUGGAAAAGGAAAGCACUUGAAAGGAGGCCACGAACGAACGAAAGAACGAACGAGAAGAAACAUCAUCGCUGUCCGUUCAGCAAGGAUAGAGACAAGGGCGAGGACGCAGCGGACGAACAACGCACAAACC